UUAUAAGUGCGAGUGAGAUAACUAUAUAAGCGCAAAGUUCCAGUGUUCGCAUAGACAACAGUGCUGCAAAACAGCUCAGUGUGAACUUUGCACCUCAGCUGAUUCCAACGGAGCUCUACAAAUUGUGGUAUUCAAUUUAUCAACAUGGCUCAAUCAAUUAAAUAUUACUAUGAUCUAUUAUCGCCGCCAUCGCGUGCACUUUGGGUUGCAUUGAAAUUGGCCAAAACACCAUUCGAAGAUUGCCCCGUAGCGCUGCGCAAACGCGAACAACUGACCGAUGAAUACAAGAACAUCAAUCGUUUCCAGAAAGUGCCCGCCUUGGUUAAUGGCAACUUCCACUUGUCCGAGAGCGGGGCAAUGGUUCGUUAUCUGGCAGCUAAAAAUCAACUGACUGAGCAACUGUAUCCCAAGUCCUUAGAGGAUCGCGCACGCGUGGAUGAGUUCCUGGAGUGGCAGCACUUUAACCUGCGCAUGGUUACACUCACGUACUUCCGGGACGUUUGGCUGUUUCCAGUAAAUGGAAUUAAACCCAAGCCAAAACAGGAACAUGUCGAAAAGCUAAUCAAAAAUGUCGAAGGAAGUUUGGGUCUUCUAGAGCGCUUGUGGUUGGACAAAGACAACUUUUUGAUCGGACAGAAUCUUACAGUGGCGGAUUUGCUUGGCUCCGCUGAUAUUGAACAGCUAAAGCUUUGCCAGUACACUGUGGAUGACAAGAAGUUUCCCAAGGUGGCCAAGUGGUUGGAUCGUGUGCGUGAAGCUGCCCAUCCUUAUUAUGAUGAGGCACAUGCUUUCGUUAACAAAAAGUCCCAACAGCCUGCUCAAGCCAAGCUCUAAGUUCCUGUCCUGUCCUGGACACUGCCUUAGUCAAAACUGCAUUUUUGUUUGAAUCUUUAAACAGUUUAGCUUAAUUUUGUUGUGUUCUAUUUUACAAUCUAUUUAGUUUUGUGCUUUAAAUGGUUUUUGUUCAUUACUUGGAUUAUUAUUAAAAUUUGUACUAAAAUUAGA